AUGGUAAAUACCAAGAGAAGAUUAACUCAGUUGUUUGAGCCUGGGAAUAAUGAUGAAGAUGAUCAAGGAGACACAUCUGGCGGCCAUGACACUAACAUACCACUUGUCAAACCAUCAGUGAAUGUGGUACCACCUCAAACUGACGAUGAAGAUAAUUACGAAGCUGAUAAUGAUGAGAAUGAGAUAGGAUUAAGUGAUAAAGAGGACAAUGAGACGCCCAAGAAAGAGUCAACUCUCGGGAAUAUGUUUAAGAACCAGAGUACUUCAAAGCUUGGUAAAGCACGUCCUAAGCUUACACUACGUACAGGAUCAUUCAAUAAUGAUUCUAACAAGAAUGUGGGCCAUUCCAAGUCUUUUUCAAGCUUGUCUGGAGACCUUUUCAAAGGCAAAGGUAGAAGGCGAAGUAAUAGUAGUAAUCCCCAAGAUCAGGGCACUUCACCAGAUUCUAAUACUUAUUCAGAUCGUCCACCUAAAUCUGCUAGGAUCUUAUCCUAUAUUGCAGCAGAAGAUAUGGAUGAAUUUCACGAUAUUGAGAAGGAUUUUCAAAGUGCAAUGGACACUGAUGGGUUAUCAUGGCUACCACAGUUGGGUCAGAUGAGGAGUAAGAGUAGCGCUAAUUUAUUGGUAGAUAAUGGUCCAGAUAGCGGUAAAUCUCAGGGUUAUAUUGAGGAUGCUGAUCAUUUAGGAGAUAAAUUUGGUGAGAGUGAGUCGUUACAACCUGAUGUUGGACACAGUAAUGCACCAGAGCAUGGAAAAAGUAGUAUAUUGGGGCUAGCACUGCAUUCGCCAUCACGAAAGGAUGAUGCUGGCUCAUUUUUCGAUAAAAGCAGUCAUGUGGAGGUUUCUUCAUUCGAAGUGGAGGUUGCAAAUUUCGAUGAAGAACAGGAAGAAGGCUCUUGGCAGUUAUAUGGGAAUUCACUGGGGUUAAUUUCUCCGACAAAUCCUGUUCGUCUAAAACUGGCGGCUUUACAAAUGAGUGAAAAAUAUAGAUUUUUUAUGGUGGUUAUGCUAUCUCUUUUCACUUGUCUUAUGGCUUACAGAACUUACGAACCUCAUUCCAAUAUUCUGUUCAGUUUUUCAAAUUGGGCAGAUGUAAUAAACUUUUUACUAUGUGUCCUAUUCACUCUCUCCGAUGUUUCAAAGAUAAUUGCGUUUGGUUUUUGGGAUGAUUCUGAAAUGUUUGCCGCCUACGGUAAGAAAUACGUAUCGCUUUUGGAAAAGUUCGGUGUUAUAAAACUUUACCUAUAUUUGAGAAAUAAAUAUGGGCCUCAAAUUAUUAAUACAAUAAUCCCAUUCAGAAUAGCAACAGAUGAAGAAGAGGGAAAAUUUCAACGUAAGUCGCUGGGCGAUUCGUGGUCUGAAGAGGAGAUUAAGAGGAGAUCAAAGAGAAAGAAUUUUGAAGUUCCAAGAGCAUUUGCACGUUCAUCAUGGAAUAGGAUUGAUUUGACUUCGACCAUUUGUUUUUGGAUAGCACUUUUCCUGACUAUUAAUGAUUACGAUAGAAAGAAUGGUAUCAGGAUUUUUAAGACUUUGGCAAUUUUAAGAAUAUUAAGGUUGGUUAAUACAGACACUGGUCUCUCAUCUAUUUUAAGAGGGAUCAAGCAGGCGGUUCCUCAAUUGAUUAAUGUCGGUACUAUGCUCGUUUACUUUUGGGUUCUUUUCGGUGUCUUAGGUGUUCAAAGUUUCCGCGGUUCCUUUAGACGCCAAUGCGUUUGGACGAACCCCAAUGACCCUACUGAUACGUACACCUAUGACAACCAAUUCUGCGGAGGUUAUUUGGAUCCAAAAACCGGUGCACCUAAAAAUUACGUAUUCGCAGAUGGAUCAGAAGGUCCUAUAUCCAAAGGCUUUCUGUGUCCUAGAAAUUCUAAAUGUGUGUCAGAUACGAAUCCUUACAACGGGAGAGUCAGUUUCGAUAAUAUAGUGAAUGCGAUGGAACUCGUAUUUGUCAUCAUGAGUGCAAAUACUUUCACCGAUUUGAUGUACUACACUAUGGACAGUGAUGAAAUGGCUGCAAGUUUGUUCUUCAUCAUAGCCAUAUUUGUGUUAACAAUCUGGAUGAUGAACUUGCUUAUUGCAGUCCUUGUUUCUUCCUUUCAAUUAGCAAAUGAAAGAUUUAAGAAAAAGAAAUUAGAUUUGAAUACUGUUGAAAGUUGGCCCUUGAGAAUUACUAAAGGUUAUUGGAGAUAUUUUCAAGUCAAGGCUAGAAACAAAAAAUUUCCAGCUUGGGCAAGAAAGGGCUUGUUUUUUUUCAAUAAAAUCAAUCCAAUAUUCGUUGCAUUAAUCGUUGUAGAUGCAAUUCUAAGAUGUCUUUUAGAUGCGAAAGUUUCUGAGAGCUUUACACAAACUUUUUUCAAAAUCGAUGUUAGUAUAUGCUCAGUUUUAUUUGUGGAAUCAAUUUUCAGACUAAUUUUCCAUUUGCCCAAUAUAUGGAAAUUCUUGACCGAAUUUAGUUACGUUUAUGAUCUGGUGAUUUCUCUUUUAACUUUAAUCAUUAGCUCUUUGAAAGUCCAAGGUUAUCUAGGUCAUUCCUAUUAUUGGCUGUCAAUAUUACACAUUAGCAGGCUAUACCGUGUAAUAUUUUUCUUUGGAUUCACUUCCAAUUUAUGGAGACGUGUCCUGGGUAAUGGUAUUAUGAUUUGGAAUCUUUCUGCAUUUUAUUUUUUCUUCACCUUUUUGGUUUCCAUUAUUAUGUCCGUUUUCUUUGAAGGUGUAUUACCAGAUAGUGAAGAAGAUAACCAAAGUUUUGGAAUGUACUCUUUACCUAAUUCCUUUUUAUCACUAUUCAUUAUUGGCUCUACUGAAAACUGGACUGAUAUUCUCUAUGAAUUACAGAGUCAUGCAUUCAAUAUGUCUUCUUCAUUCCUGAGUUCAGUUUUACUAAUCGUUUGGUUUAUUCUAUCCAACUCUGUUAUAUUGAAUAUUUUCAUUGCCUUGAUCUCAGAAACCAUGGAAGUGAAAGAAGAAGAGAAAAGACCACUGCAAAUCAAACACUAUUUGAAAUAUGUUUAUCCUCAAAAGAUUAAAGAUUAUACUCAUGCCACAUUAUUGAGAAGGGUCAGGAAGAAAUUCUUUGGCAACCGAACAAAUGAGGAUUCAAAAGACUUUAAACAGUUUCUCAUUAGAGGUACAGCUAUCAUGAAUAUUGCCCAAAAUAUGGGUGAUUUGGCAAACGAGUUUCGCAAAGAUCAAAACCCAGGUGGAUUACCCAAUUGGUUAGCCGCUGGGUUAGGCAAAGUGACAGAAGGGUUUUCUUUCAUGCAAAAGUUGAAGAUGUAUACUGACAAUCCGUUCUACAAAAAUCCUAAAGUUAUCUUCAAUGAAGGGGAUGACAGAACCCGCAAGACAUUUAGCUUGGAGCUCGAUGAAUACGAAGAUGAAAAACUUGAAUAUUUGAAAAUGCAUCCAUCAUUCAAUUAUAGCUAUUUCAUAUUACCGCCUCGACACAAGUUCAGGAGAUUUUGCCAACGUCUUGUACCACCAAGUGUUGGUAGAAGAACUGAUGGCGUCCAGUUUUAUGACGAUGGCACAGAUGAGUAUGGUCAAAAAUUUUACUUUCGCCAUAUUGAAAGGGACAUUUUUGUCCUAUUCCUAUCGAUAAUAACACUCCUACUGAUAGUCUUUUCAUGUUAUGUUACCCCUCUGCGUAGAAUGCAGGAAAACAUGGGUGUCUGGGGCUGGUCAACUUAUAUUGACGUGGGGUUCGUUUGUAUCCUUUCGCUCGAGUUUCUAGUAAAAACUGUGGCAGAUGGUGUAUUAUACACACCAAAUGCAUAUUUGAGAAAUCCGUGGAAUAUCAUUGAUUUUAUUGUACUAGUAUCAAUGUGGAUUAAUUUCAUUGCAUUCGUGAAAAAUAAUGGUGAUUUAUCAAGAAUUUUCAGAGGACUAACCGCUCUCAGAGCUUUAAGGUGUUUGACGAUCAGUAACAUGGCUAGACAAACAUUUAACAUGGUGGUAUUUGAUGGUAUAAGGAAAAUCUUUGAAGCUACUUUCGUCUCAUUAACGCUGUUAUUCCCCUUUGCAAUAUGGGGUAUGAACAUCUUCCGUGGUAGAUUGGGUACCUGUACUGACAACAACAUGGGUAGGGAUGAUUGUUACAAUGAAUUUACUAACAGUGUUUUUCAAUGGGAUGUAAUGAUGCCCAGAGUUUACCAGCAACCUUACCUGUAUCUCGAUUCUUUCGGAAGUGCGCUUAGAUCCAUGUAUGAAAUUGUGUCUCUAGAAGGUUGGGUGGAUUUAUUAGAAAAUUUGAUGAACAGCACUGGUGUCGGUACAGUGACAUCCACUUUUGCCUCACCAGGUAAUGCGGUUUUUUUGGUGCUAUUCAAUUUUUUGAGCAUGGUUUUCAUUUUAAAUUUAUUCGUUUCAUUUAUCAUAAACAAUCAUGCAAAGACUACAGGAAGCGCUUAUUAUACUCUCGAGGAGAAAUCUUGGUUGGAAUCUCAAAAAUUAUUAUCUCAAGCUAAACCAAAAGUAACUCCCUCUCUAAUUGAGCUUCCUAGGAGCAGACAGUUUUUCUAUAUGCUGGCGAUAGAAAAAGGAAAUUUCUAUUAUGCAUCUUUCCUUCAAUUGACCCUAUAUCUUCACAUUAUCGUUUUAUUAUGCCGCUCUUACAAGGAACCACACGCCACAACAACUUUUGAAGAUACCUACUUUAUGGUUUCCGCCACCAUAUUUUUCAUGCAAGAGAUUUUCCAUCUUUACGGUGAAGGGUUCCGUCUGUACAUUAGGUCCAAGUGGAAUGUUCUACGUUUUGGAAUUGUUGUCACAUCAUUUGUUUUAACCGCCAUUGGUUUGAAACUCUCUAGUGAUCAAAUUUGGUUUAGUAACAUUAAAGAAUUAUUCCAUCUGGUAAUGUUCCUACUUAUUAUUCCGCAAAAUGACACCCUUUCAGAGCUGGCUGAAACGGCAGUUGCAAGCUGGCCUCCAAUUUUAUCAUUAACAUACACAUGGGCAAUCUUGUUUUUGGUCUAUGCCAUUGCCCUGAAUCAAAUAUUCGGUACCACAAGAUUGGGUGCGAACACAACGGAUAAUAUUAAUUUCAGAACUGUGAUUAAAUCUUUGAUUGUCUUGUUCAGAUGUAGUUUCGGUGAAGGUUGGAAUUAUAUUAUGGACGAUCUGACAGUAUCAGAACCAUACUGUUCUUCUACAAAAGAAGGGAGUUUCGCCAGUGAUUGUGGUUCCAGAACUUAUGCAUAUAUUUUACUAAUGUCGUGGAACAUUGUGUCGAUGUACAUUUUUUUGAACAUGUUCAUUUCUCUAAUCAUUGGUAAUUUCAGUUAUGUUUACAGACGCGGAGGUUCUAAUUCAGCAAUCGAUAGAAGGGAAGUUUUGAAAUAUAGUGACGCUUGGGCUAAAUACGAUUCCGAUGGUACUGGAUACUUGGAAUUCUCACAUUUACCAAGACUGAUGCAUUCCUUUAAUGGUCCACUUUCGUUCAAAAUUUGGGAAGGUCGACAUACAGUUCCAAAUCUUGUCAAGAAUUACAUGACAGUUAACCCUGAAGAUCCCUACGAUGUGAAAAUCGAUUUUCCAGGAUUAAAUAAAGAACUUAACAGUAUUGAUUGGACUGAAGUCGCUCAUAGAAGAUUGCAGUACAGAAGAUUUGUUCAUGAGGUUCUCUAUACCAAUUCAUAUUGGGGAGCCAUUAGAUUUUCCAGCUUAUUACAAUUGAUCCCACUUUACACAACUUAUAAUCCAAGAGAAUGUUUGGGUAUUGAUGAAUAUGUUCGUUAUCUGUACAAUAUGGGUAAAGUGGAUAAAAUUUUGGAUACCGAAAGAAAUUUGGAUAUUCUAAAUAUGGUGGUUACCAGUUGGAAAUAUUGCGUAAAAAGUAAGAAAAGAUUACCUAAAGUCGAAGACGAUAUUAGCAGACAGACCAUUGAAGUACCCACUAACCCAUUUACUGAUGAAUUCGAGAGUGAUUCUGGUGAUGUAAACUUUGCCAAUACACCUUCGAUGGAUUUUGGUGUGGAUAAUUUCAUGUGGUCCCCAAGGAAACGGUGA